AGGAAGCGAAAGCGCUACAUUUCCGCUGCUGCAGCCACAAAGGGGCAAGUCGAGGAAAAAAAAAACAUAAAAGAAAAAAUGUGGACAGUAAGAAGAAGUACACACUGAAAUCGGGCUAAAGGGACCGUCCGUCGGGGCCUACACUUUAUUCUCCGCUUUAGACAUUUCGUUGCUAGGCGACCCGUUCAUACUUAACGGAGACCUGACGGGUAUUUAAGGGUCGUUUCGAGGUGAACGCGUCCCGCCCUUUCUACGAGGGUUCUUUCCAUCUCCCGAGGUGUUUUCUCCUAGAGAUGGGGGCGAGAGCCAGCCGUCUGCAGGAGGACCCCGUCCCCAUACCCAUCCCGGUCUCGCCCUUCGGCAAAGACGCCGCCGCGGCUGUGGCGAAGCGGGACUCGUGCCGGCGAGCCCGCUGCCCGGCCAGGCCCACCAGUCUCGUGGUCGACUUCUCCGUCAGCUUCGACGACGCGGAGGCGAACCAGAGCCGCUCCGAGGAGGAGGAGGGCAGCCCCAGCCCCAGCCCCAGCCCCGAUAAGCCGGAGGAGGAGGAGGAGGGGGCGGCCACGGAGGCUCCGGCCGACCCGGAGCAGCAGCAGCAGCAGCAGUCCGAGCAGGAGACCGGCUCAGGCCGCACGCCGCACCGCACUUUCUCCGAGCGGCUCCCCGGGAACCGACACUCGUCCGCCCGCAGCGCCGGCAGCGCCAGGUCCGCCCGGGUCCGCGGCUCGCACCAGCGGCCGGUGUCCGAGGCGUGGAUCGGCCUCUACCGCGUCAACAACCGCCAUGGCAAUAUCCGCUGCCCUUUCUGCUCAAAGCCUUUCCCAGGGGGUCGGAUCGAGGAUCACCUGUUGAACUGCCUCACAUCUCCUCCCUUACCGUACAAUACUGAUGUGCUCAAUAAAGACAGUGGCGAGUGUUCUAUCUGUUUGGAAGAUCUAGUACAGGGGGAGACGAUUGCCAGGCUGGCUUGCCUCUGCAUCUACCACAAGAGCUGCAUUGACUCCUGGUCCAAGGUGAAGCCUUGCUGCCCUGAACAUCCCUUUGAUUGACUCACAGGUCACAUGUAUUCAGCACAGUGGCCAACUUGACUCAGGAGACUACAGUGAACCCCAAUACAAUCCUAAUAAAUGUGUAAUUGAACAAACAAAAGUCCACUUUCCCUCUGAGAUGCUAAUAUUUGAGUGGAGAACAAACGAUCCUAGGAGGAGGUUACAGUUUAGUGCGACCUGACGCUCCGCUUGGAUCCAUUUAAUCUCAAUCCAGAAGUUUUCUCAUGAAACGCCAACAGUAAAACCGGCUGCUCCUUUUAAUCUGCUGUGGAGACUUUUGUUGGGACGGAAGUGCUGGGGUUCCCGAUCUCCUUUGUGGACUUGAAUAGUGGAGCGUAAAUUAUCAUCCCAAAAUGACGGAACUUGCCCUUGAACAAUGAUAAACUUGUGGAUGGAAAAAGUUGUCCUUACUGUGACUGGCUCCUCUCCCGUGUGUCUUUUUAUUUUCUCUCCCUCCUGAUGGAAUCGCUUGUUUUUAUCAAGUAUUUUUCGCAAAAAGAGUAUUGCUCCAUGUCAUACUGGGGACGAAUGUUUCCUUUCCUCAGCUCCCCCCUAAAGAACCAACCUCAGUUCUGAAAAUGCAAACUGUUGCAACAUCAGCGUUGCGGUCUUAUUUUCAAUCAGUUUGAGGGCUUGUUUUUGGUCGGUGGGCACUGGCGUGACCGUUUUUCAGCUUUCUUUUAUUUUUUUUUUACCUGUAGACAUUUCUGGGGAAGUUUGGGGCCCCCCCCCCCUCGGUAGGUCGGUUUCCCAUUGAUGGUUGGAAAGCGCUGAGUUAAACAUGCUGCUACUUGGUGAGAGUUUCGGAAAGUGUUUGGUGUUAGUAGCGCCAUGUUGGCACCAACUUGAGCACUUUUGUCUAUCAAGGCUUUUUUACUUUUAAUUUUUUUUUCUUUUCACCUUUGCGUAAGGCCUGGGAUAACAUUUAGUGUGUUUGGGUGUGUUUGUAAAUGUGUCUUCAGAAGACGACCAGGGAUUAAACAUGUCCCAAGCAUGGCAGAAAAAAACAACAAAAGUACUAGUCCAUGGUUGUGUAUGUUAAGUGUGUGUUUACUGUAAAUUGCCCAGAUGUCUGCUUGGUCAAGCGGGUUUUUACUUUUCAAAGCUAAUUUCUAAUCACGUUAACGCUGGCAAGCAUCCUCUUACAUGUUGAGUUUGGUACUUAAACGACGUUUGGGCUCUCGUCCAAACACUCUCUGGGGUGUAGUCCGGACUUUUCGGACCAGGUCCCCAGUGACAGUUUUUGCCAUCUGGUUACUGCUAGUUCAGGGAGGGAUAAAGGGAUGGAUGGAUGGAUGGUCUGAGGGAUGUAUAUGUGGGGCAUGUUUACACCAUGUGGCAUCUGCCUCUCUUCUCAGCACUGCAGGCUAUGGACAGCUGAUGGUUAAUUAUUACAUUCAAAGCCCCACCCCCUUUAUCCCUGUCAUAUUAUUUUAAGGAUUUUAGCUACGAUAUUCUGACAUUUCUUAUAAUUACUGCUAAAUGUGUUCAAUGGCUUUCCUUUGCCUUUUUUUGUGUGUGUGAUGAUUGCCUUUGUUUGGUGACGGGGAUUCUUGUGCAAGCAGGUAUUUUGUAGUGUUUCAUGGCUUGAACGAAGGUGUAGGCCCCGCAGUAAGGCUGCUCAACAGACAUCGUCUAACUUAGGUUGUGCUCAGGCCAGUGGAAAGAACAUAAACAUGAAUCGGUUGCUUUUGCCAUCCGCUCUAAAGUUGAGGGAGUUACAUAUGUUAAACUCUCAGAGCUGCAGUGGUACAGAUCAGGGGAUCAGACAUGCAUUGUGCUGGUGGUUGUUCACCACAGCCGCUCUGUUUUUGUUUUCUCUUCUGAUCCCUGGUGUUGUGCAGUCUCCAACUUGCCCCGCCAGUAGUGGGCAGCCCUGUGCAUGUUUCUCAUAUUAUUAUAAUAUAUUUAUAGAUAUAUAUACGGUAUAUAUAAAUACAUAUUGGAGAAUAGGAAAAAAAAUGCCAAAAGUCUCUCUGUGCAUUUGGAGCAUGGGGUGACGGCGUGCAGAAGACGAGGUGCAUUGAUCAUUAGAUGUUACAUUUUCUGUGGUGACAAGUUAUGAUGUUGUAUACUUUAGCUGGGUGGGGUGGGGGUGUAUGUGUAUGCUUGGGGAUGUCCCUGGAUGGAUUGACGACAAAGACAGCAGACAAUCCCAAGCCCUACAUUACUUUGAUUUACUUUCUGAACCCCCCCCCCCCCCUAAGCUGUGUGGUGCAAUACCUCGAUUUUUACCAAUGCUAGCUAAAUGCUCCAUGUAAACUGGUAUUUUGUAUAAAUGUUUUUCAAAAUAUUGGUUUUGAAUCACGCGGCUCUCUCUGCCCUGUGGUUUGAGACUGUGUACUGGAUGAGAAUGUUUGAAGGGUCACCACAGCGGUAUCUACAGCUCCAACAUAUGGACAAUCUGCCUUUACUCUGGUAUAAAAGCAAAUUGAAUUUUAUUUAUUAAAUUGUAAAUAUGUAAUGCAAUUCAAGAAAAUGGCUCGGUCCUUGUUUGUUCAAUAUACUGUUUCUAAAUUCCAAUCUUUUGUAUGUCUCAGAAAUUGUUUUUAUAUGUAUUUU